CUUCAGUUGACUCAGCUGGACUCGGCUGGCGCUUGACGGAAUAGUGGGAAGCGCGUUGCUUCUGACGCGACUGCUCGGAGUUGUUAUUAAUUGCGCCGGAUUUGCCGAUUGACGCGUCGUUUCAUGGAAAAUAUCGCGCGUGCGACACUCGGGGACCACAGCGCAACGAACGAGGCCACAUUCGUAGAUCCGGGGGAACGAAUAGUACAAAAUGAAGCCUUUGAUCGACUUCGAGGAAUGUUUACGAGAUACUCCAAAGUUUCGAUCCUGCAUCGAAGAGGUGGAGAAGAACAUAGAUCAACUCGAGCAGAAGUUGGAUAAGGUACUAAAGAAUUGCAGCCUAACUAUCGAUACUGGGAAAGCCUUUGUUGGACAGCAGAACCAAUUUGCUAACAGUCUGUGGGAGUUGUCCCUGUACUUCAGCGAUGAUCCGGAAAUAAUGGCAUUCUUAAACAAACUUAUUCAUGCGCUACAAGAGAUGAACAAGUAUCACAGCAUCUUGAUAGACCAAGCCUCCAGGACCGUGAUGAAGGAUCUCAAUAAUUUUAUCAAGAGCGACAUCAAGAGAGUGAAGGAGUCGCGGCACUACUUCGAGAGGAUCUCCGGCGACCUCGAUAUCGCGCUGAACAGAAAUUCCCAAGUGCCGAAGUCACGGCCGGCGGAGUACGAGGAAACGUCGAACAUUCUGUCGGCCACCCGCUCGUGCUUCCGGCACACCGCGUUAGACUACAUUCACGCGCUGACGAUGCUGCAGGCGCGCAAACGCCACGAGGUGUUGGGCACGCUGCUGAGCUACAUGCACGCGUGCACUACUUACUACCACCAAGGUAGCGAUCUUGCUCAAGACUUGGAUCCGUUUUUGAAAAGUCUCGACGAGAACCUAGAUAAGAUGAGAAACGAUUCGAGUAAGCUCGAGAAGGAGAUGGAGAACCGGCACAUUUACGUUAAUAAUCGAGAUCUGAUCCCCUCCCCGGUACCCGGCAAUCCCAAGAUGGAGGGCUACUUGUUUAAAAGAACCAGUAAUGCUUUCAAGACCUGGAACAGGAGGUGGUUUUGCUUGAGGGAUCACCAGCUGGUAUACCGGAAGCGAACGGGCGACGAGGAGUACACGAUCAUGGAGGAGGAUCUACGGCUGUGCACCGUCAAGCCCGUGGUCGACUGCGACAGGAGGAACUGCUUCGAAGUUUUAAGUCCGACCAAAAGUCACAUACUGCAGGCCGAUAGCGAGGAGGCGUAUCUGGCGUGGGUGACGGCGAUGCAGCAGGCCAUCGGCGCCGCGAUUCAGAGAGGCAUGAGUUUAGGUGCUAACGUCAACCCGCAGUCGCAGUCGCGCGACAGUAAGGGCCCCGUGAGACCCCACCUGACGAGACCGAAAUCAAGAGUGUGGGAACAACUGUUGAAGAUCUCGGGCAACGACGUCUGCUGCGAUUGCGGUGACGCCAAUCCGAGAUGGGCCAGUAUUAACUUGGGCAUCACGCUCUGCAUAGAAUGCUCCGGCGUGCACCGAAGCCUCGGGGUGCACUACAGCAAAGUCCGCUCCUUGACCCUGGACGAUUGGGAGCCAGAGAUACUGAAAGUAAUGGCGGAGCUGGGGAAUUCCGUGGUGAAUAGCAUAUACGAGGCUCUACCUGUACCUUCCGACAUCGCCAAGGCCACACCUAAAUGCAACGCGAAUAUUCGCGAGGCUUGGAUAAAAUUGAAGUACGUAGAUCGCAAGUUCGUGAAGCCGUUGGCUGACGCGAUGCUGGCCGGGCACCACGCCAGCCGAGAGCAAAUGCGCUUCCGGAAGUGGAGCGUGCGCAAGCUGCGGCGCAGGCCACGCAGCUGCGACAGGAUCAAUAAUUGUAACAAAGCAUCGGCGUUAUCGUCCGUGAAGGAGAGUCAGCAUUCCGCGAGCUCGGAUGACAGCAAGCACACGUCGAUCGAUAGCUUGAAUUCCGUCGGCAAGGCGAAGAAGGCGGAGCGGGACUCGGUGAGUUCCGACGACAGCGCCAACGUUGACCUGAAGAAUACCUCGACCCUCUACGGAAAGAUCUUAAACCGCUCGCAAAAUGAUCUGAACGAUGCCAGCAAGCACGCCAAGACCGUCGGAGAGGCCGUCGCGUGCGGCGAACCGGCGGCGCAAGACGUCGGUCUCGCGGAGGGCGAAUCGGACGGCAAUGCGCCUGCAGCCAGCGAAUCGAGGAAGAAUCUCGGCGAUCAUGCCAGUAAUGCCAAAGACGAUGACAAGAGCGUGUCUGAAAAUGAAGAUCUCAAGUCGGAGAAGCACUGCCAUGAGAAAACCGAGUUGGAUAUAUUGAUGUUUGGUUGCGACGUGCCGAAACCCGCGAUCGACGGCAAUCUCGAGCUGAGCUCCGAUCAAGAUUCGACAGCCGGCGAGGACGAGGAAUUCACCGACGAGGAGGACAUAGAGAAUCUACACCCCGAGAUGUUGCUCUACAAGGCCGCGGCGGCGCACAAUCUGCCCGUGAUGUGCGCGGCGUUGGCCGCCGACGCGGAUAAACUCUGGUCGAACGUUAACGAUAAGAACCGCAGCGCCCUGCACCAAGCAAUAAUAAGCGGUUCCGUUAUGUCGUGCGAGUACCUUCUCCUGAACGGCGCGCGAAUCAACUGUCAGGACGCCGAGGGCAAGACUCCGCUGCACUUGGCAACGGAAUUAGGACACACUGCACAAGUGUGCCUACUUCUGAAGCACCGUGCCGAUCAGCACAUCGAGGACGAGAGCGGGGUGAAACCCCUGUCGAUCGCUGUGAAGGAGGCGAACGCCGACAUCGUUACCCUACUGCGACUCGGCCUCCUGAACGAAGAGAUGAAGGACUCCGAGAUCGGCGUCACCGGUGAUGAAACGUUCAACGACGUCGUCCGCGACUUCAGCCAGUUGGCCUGCUCGCACCCGGAACGGCUGCAACGUCGAAACGAAACCACGAAUUUGCCGCCUGAAUGAGGUCGCGGACUCUAGCGUAGGCUAUCCAAAGGCUCAUAAAAAACUUGGACGACGCGUUGUGAAUUGAGAGAGCUGUCUUUCGAACUGUUGCAGGGUAUUGAUCGAUAAUCGCGCAAACGCGUGGCUCCGCACGAGAAAUCGCUGGGGCUGAACAAUCGUGCUGAUAUUUCAAACGGUUUGUCGUUUUACGCCGAUUUUAUUUUUAUAAUAUUCUCGAGAGGGAAUAAUUUGAAUUACAACGAUUAGUUCCUUUCCUUUACGAUCUUUCAUACGAAAACCUCGAGGGAAUCGCGAACGCACGGGAUUAUACCUCGGACGAGCUGGUGCUCGGUCGAGUCGCCAUGAUAUCCGGAUAUCAUGUGGCUCCCCUUCCGGGUACUCCAGAGCAGGGUAAAACAAGAAAUGUACAUCACGUACGAGUAAGUGAUAUGUAAUGCAAAGAGAUUUGUUCAAAUGGCGAGAGUCGCGCCACUAAACUUUGAAUACAUACAAGCGGCCUAGCGGGAUUACGUAGUUCUAAGAUAGAUUUUUUACACGCCUAGCGUAAAUGUGUCUUUAUACAGGGUGGCCCAUUUUAAUUUAUACAGUCGAUUUUU